AUGUUAUUCCCUCAUGAUGUAGGUGAUUUGGUGGCUAUGGAUGCAGAGUUUGUGAACCUUCACCAAGAGGAAGCAGAGAUACGUAGUGAUGGCACACGGACUACCAUCAAACCUUCACAUAAAUCGGUUGCAAGAAUCACUUGCAUACGAGGACAAGGACCCCUGGAAGGUACCCCAUUCCUGGACGAUUAUAUAUCAACACAAGAGCAGGUUGUGGACUACCUGACCCAGUUCUCGGGCAUCAAACCAGGAGACUUGGAUGCCAACUUCUCUCAAAAACACUUGACCACCUUGAAGAGUACCUACGUGAAAUUGAGAUACCUGGUGGACAAGGGUGUUAAGUUUGUGGGACACGGCCUCAAGAAUGACUUCAGGGUGAUCAACAUGACAGUGCCAAUGAGUCAGCUGAUAGACACAGUCCACCUCUUCCACAUGUCGCAUAAUCGAAUGGUGUCGCUCAAGUUCUUGGCUUGGCAUUUCUUAAGUAAGUUGGUUUUUAAGAGGGUGGUUUUUGCUGAUCAUCUUGGUAUGAAAAAGGUGGUGAAGCAGCCUGACUUACUGUAUAUUUGCCACAUACCCACCGCCUUCUUGGGCAUGUAG